ACCGUGCAGACUGUCAGGUCGUGGCUGGUACCUGCGCCCUCAGGGCUGGCUGGCUGGGGGGGACACAUAAUACGUCGCGCCUGGAGUCAACAUCGGCUGCGGUGCCCACUGAAAGAUUUGGUUGAUGUCCGCCUGGAGCCUUGCAGUGUCUGCAAUGGAAGACACUGUCAUGCAGAUUCGAGUGUCAUCUGCAAAGGAAGACACGGUGCUGUGGCUGACAUCCUUGUCUAUGUCAGAUAUGAGAAUGAAGAACAAGAUGGGAGCGAGUACUGUGCCUUGUGGAACAGAGCUUUUCACCGUGCCUGCCUCGGACUUUACUCUGUCAUCUUGACUAGGAACGUGCAGCUGCAGUACCAAAAAGAUCAUGUGUAGGCCAAUAGUAGAGCAUGUAUAUGAUAGCACCACUCUCACAGAGCUCACCCUAGCACUAGCAGUGUUAUCUGCACGUAACCAUCAUAUGUUGUCAUAAAGCUCAUGAAAGUAGUAGAAAUGCAAAAAAAUACAGUGCCAACACUGUGUCUUAAAGUACAAACAUUGUCAAAUACGUGUAUUAUACAGUGUCAAUACUUGUGAUCUUAGAGGUCAUCACAACAUCCAGAAUACCAUAUAGACUCCCUCAGUCUGUGUAUAUCUGUUUACCUGAUAUAUGUUCAUUCCUCUAAUUCAUACUGCUGUACAGUACAUACUUUCUGUCAUUGCAGCAAAAGCUAAACUUGUGUAUGAGAAGUAGUUCACUAUAAGUGUCAACAUAAGUUUGCUACAACAGAUGACCAACACCCAAGCACCUACUUCCUGCUAGUAAACAGAGGACCAGAUAUGAGGAGAUUUGAUCAUAUGUUCACUAGUGCAAAAAUGAACUCAGAUCCUAAGGGAGUGAGCUGAAUGAGCAUUCAGUGAGCAGCGAGCCGAUGUGCUAUAGCAGGUAAACAGCCUCCUAAAUUUAAUACAAUAAUUUAAGUAAUUUUACAUUUCAGUGAUUGCAGUGAGUAUUAGUUUGUUUCUCCACAAAUAAGAUGCACGUCUGUCUCGCUCUCAGCAGACAGAGGAUCAAGCCUCUGCCACAUCCUGUGCUGAAUGACCCACAUGGGUUUGGUGCUUAGUAUGAAUUAACAUUCCAUUUUCCAUUAUCAUAUCUUCACUCUCUUCCUGUUAUCAUGUCUUCACACUCUCCUUCCAUCUCACUGUUAAUCACAUUCCAACACCUGCUUACUCAACUCCAGUAUAUUUAUUUAAAUUAAUCAUAUCUUUUCAAAGGUAUUUUAGCCUCUUCCAGUGUUUAUUCUGCAGUGUGUCACUUUAUAAGACAUGAAUAAUACAAUCAUAUAAUUUACCAAGCUGUUUACCCUAUCAUUGCUAUAAAAAUGUGAAUAUUUGAGAUGUGAUUUCCUUUAUAUCGACUUUAUUAUUUACAUCACAUCUCAUUUUUAAACAUAACUAAAUUUGGUUUACCUUCGUAAAUAUUUGAUGCACAAAUUAUUUUUAUACUUGAAAGCGUGUGCCAAACCCACAUGGGUUGUAAUAUCAUUACCCGAUGUAAAAGGUAAGAGCAGUCUUUGCAGUUAAGUAUAAUGAGAGUUUCCACCAUUAAGAAAUUAUGUCGAAUGUCCUCUAGUAAUAGUUAGGAAAGAAUAUUAUAGAAUAUUACCGAGGAGAAACCAUGAGAAGGUUUCAUGGUCUUCAAAUGUAUUUAUUUUUAAUUUAGUAGUAUAUAGUGGGUGUGUACAAGAGAAAAUAAAUACAAUAUUAGUGUUCAGUGAGCCCCCAAAAAUUUGAAAAAAUUCUCCUUGUUUAAUAGAAGUUUGUUUCAACAUGAUAUAUUGUUUAUAUAGAAAUGUGUGACACACAUCACACAAAAAUCAUAAAAUUUUAGAAUGCAACUUUUGACAUUAAACCAAAUUAUCAGUUCUUCCAAGAGCACUUCUUUUGAAUUUAUUUAUAAGACAAAACUGUAUUGGGGUUCAGAGUUGAUAAAUUAUUAAGAAAAAAUCUAGUUAUGGAAAAAAAUUAAGGAUAUAUAUGGAAAAAGAACAUUGUCAGUGUUCAGUAUGUUCAAUAAAGUUAAAAAAGAUUCUGCUCCAAAAACAGAAAUGGGAACUCAUAGAAAACAAAAACCAUAUCAGUGUUCAAUGUGUUUAAGAGAUUUUAAACUAAAAUGUAAUUUAGUAACACAUAUGAGAGUUCACACAGGAGAAAAACCAUAUCAGUGUUCAGAAUGUUUAAAAGACUUUUCACAUAAAUCAACUUUAGUUACACACAUGAGAAUGCACACAGGAGAGAAACCUUACCAGUGUUCUGUGUGUCUAAAAGCCUUUACAACAAAAUCUCAUUUAAUAAAACACAAAAGAACUCACACUGGAGAGAAACCAUACAAGUGCACUAAGUGCCUAAAAGCUUUUUCACGGAAACCAUCUUUAACAGAGCACUUGGGCAUUCAUAGUGAAAGAACAUUUCAGUGCUUAGAGUGCCCAGAAAACUUUGUACGAAAAUCUAACCUAAUAACACACAUGAGAAUUCACACAGGAGAGAAACCUUACCAGUGUCCUGUGUGUCUGAAGAACUUUUCCCAUAAAUCUAGUUUAGUAACACAUUUGCGACUUCAUAGAAGAGAAAAACCUUACCGGUGUUCAGUGUGUUUAAAAGACUUCAUCCGCAAAUCUAAUUUACUCACACACAUGAGAAUUCACACUGGAGAAAAACCAUAUCGUUGUCCAGAAUGUUCAAAAGGGUUUUCACUAAAAGCUACUUUAGUAAGACACCAAGAAAUUCACAGUGAUAAAAGAUCACAUCGGUGCAGAGAAUGUCUAAAAUACUUCCUGCGAAAAUCUCACUUAGACAGACACAUGGUCAUUCAUACAGGAGAGAGAGAAUUUCAGUGUUCUAUAUGCUUAAAAUGCUUCUCUCUUAAAUAUCAUUUAGUGAUACACAUGAGGAUUCACACAGGAGAGAAAACCUUCCGGUGCUCAGAGUGCCAAAAAGACUUUUCAGAUAAAUCUAAUUUAAUCAAGCAUAUUAGAACACACACAGGAGAAAAGCCGUAUCCUUGCUCGGUGUGCCUUAAAAAAUUCUCGUUAAAAUCGACUCUAGUAACGCACAUGAGCAUUCACUCAGGAGAGAAACCGCACCAUUGUCCACAGUGUCAGAGGAACUUCACGCGAAAAUCUUAUUUAGUAAAACAUUUGAGAAUUCACACAAAAGAGAAACAACAGGAUGUCUAACAGCUAAUUUGGAUGCAACAGAUCUGUUAAUGCAGGUGAAAACUCAUAGAAGAAAUGAAUGUUUAGUUUGUUCACCAUCUAAAGAAGUCUCAUUAAAAUAUAUUCUGGUAAAAAGUAGGGAGAUAAACCUAUCAUGAUCUGGUGUUAUAACUUAUUGAUAAACCUAUCAUGAUCUGGUGUUAUAACUUAUUGAUAAACCUAUCAUGAUCCGGUGAUAUAACUAAUUGAUAAACCUAUCAUGAUCUGGUGUUAUAACUUAUUGAUAAACCUAUCAUGAUCUGGCAUUAUAACUUAUUGAUAAACCUAUCAUGAUCUGGCAUUAUAACUUAUUGAUAAACCUAUCAUGAUCUGGCAUUAUAACUUAUUGAUAAACCUAUCAUGAUCUGGUGUUAUAACUUAUUGAUAAACCUAUCAUGAUC